UAAAGCGGAAGAAGAAGAACUGCGUCUGAUGACAGCAGUCAACAUGGCGUUCAGUUUUGGCGGAGCCACGAGUAACCCAGCUGCAAGCACGUCCGGAUUUUCAUUCGGUUCAUUUGGUGCCAAAACCACAGCAUCAACAGCAACAUUUGGGUUUGGGGCCGCAGCCCCCACCACAACCACCACCGCCUCAUCCGGAUUCGGCACUCUUACUGCCCCUGGUUUUGGGGCUGCCACCACCACUGCUGCUGCACCAGCCACAGGAUUUAGUUUUGGCUCCACCAACACUGGAUUUGGGGGGCUGGGAGCUGGAAACACCACGGCUGGUGGGUUUAGUUUUGGGGGGUUUGGUUUAAAUGCCAACCCAGCAGCAGUCAGCUUUAAUGUGGGGUGCUUUGGUACAGCAACCACCACUGGCACUGUUUUCAAUUUUGGUAAUAGCCUGGCUAGCACAGGCGCAUUUGGUGGCUUUGGGACAACUACAACAACUGCUGCUGCGCCGGGUUCCACUUUUAGCUUUGCUGCUCCCACCAACACCACAGGAGGCUUGUUUGGUAACACGCAGAACAAAGGGUUUGGGUUCUCCUCUGGGCUUGGCGCUGGGACCACUGCUGGGACAACAGGAUUUGGAACUGGAUUAGGAACAACUGGCCUGGGUGGGUUUGGAGGCUUUAACAUCCAGCAGACUCAGCAGCAGCCAGGAGGCUUGUUCGGCCAGCAGGCCCAGCAACAGGGUCAGGCUCAGCACACCCAGCUUUACCAGCAGGUCACUGCUCUGUCAGCUCCCACCUUGUUAGGAGAUGAGCGUGACUCCAUCUUAGCCAAAUGGAACCAGUUACAGGCUUACUGGGGCACUGGGAAGGGCUACUACAGCAACAACAGCCAACCUGUUGACUUCACCCAGGAAAACCCAUUCUGCAGGUUCAAGGCGGUGGGCUAUAGCUGCGUCCCAGUGAGUAAAGAUGAAGAUGGUUUAGUGGUCUUACUCUUUAAUAAAAAGGAAGCUGAUGUGAGAGCUCAGCAGCAGCAGCUAGUGGAGUCUCUCCACAAGGUCCUGGGAAGCAACCAGACACUCACUGUCAACGUAGACGGUGUCAAAGCCCUGCCUAGUGACCAGACAGAGGUGAUCAUUUAUGUGGUAGAGCGUUCCCCUAAUGGCACCUCCAAGCGGAUCCCUGCCUCCACACUCUUCAGUUACCUCGAGCAGGCCAACAUCAAGGUCCAGCUCACACAAAUCGGAGUGGCCAUGUCUGUCGCACGCACAGAGCUGUCUCCAACACAGCUCAAACAGCUGCUGCAAAAUGCACCUGCAGGAGUGGACCCCAUCAUUUGGGAGCAGGCUAAGGUGGACAACCCUGACCCAGAGAAAUUAAUACCAGUGCCCAUGGUGGGUUUUAAGGAGCUGCUUCACCGACUGCAGAUCCAGGAGCAGAUGACCAAACAGCACCAGACCAGAGUGGAUAUUAUCUCCAGUGACAUCAGUGAACUGCAGAAGAACCAGGCGACCACAGUGGCCAAGAUUGCCCAGUACAAGAGGAAGCUGAUGGAUCUCUCUCACAGGGUGCUGCAGGUGCUGAUCAAACAGGAGAUUCAAAGGAAAAGUGGUUAUGCUAUCCAAGUGGAUGAGGAGCACCUCCGGGUGCAGCUGGACACCAUUCAGUCUGAACUAAAUGCCCCCACACAGUUCAAGGGUCGGUUGAAUGAACUAAUGUCCCAAAUCCGGAUGCAGAAUCAUUUUGGAGCUGUGAGAUCAGAAGAGCGCUACAGUGUUGACGCAGACCUUCUCAGGGAAAUCAAACAACACUUGAAACAGCAGCAGGAUGGUUUAAGUCACUUGAUCAGCGUCAUCAAAGAUGACUUGGAAGACAUCAAACUCAUAGAGCACGGGCUGAGUGACAGUGGACACAUGAGAGGAGGCAUCCUGAGCUGAGUCCACCCUACCAACACACACAUACAUAUGCUCUCAGUCCUCUGAAAAGUGGAUUGCCUGUCAAUUAAUCUUGAAGCAAUUUUUUGCCUUCAGGUUUGAUCAUAGUGGGGCAUCUGAAUUUGGAGACUUCUCUUUUAUUUGUCACAAUUUUGGCUGGUUUAUCAGGACUCUGCCCCGUCGUUUGUACCAACAAAACAAUGACUGGUUAAUCUGUGCUUUCCGCACUGAUGUAGAGCGCUUGAUGGAAAGACUCAUCAUCGUCUAAUAAUAGCUGGCUUUCCUUAUGUUAAAUCAGAUUAUGGAUAUAAGACUAUGAUUGUGACUGACAUGUAAACAAGUUGUGGGAUUGAGUGUGUGUUGGGAUUGAAUACAUUGUAAAUACAUCUUUGUAUCUCCUUUUUUAUGCUGUUGUUAGAAUGUUAAUAAAUUUCAUUUAAAUUGAAAAUAA